AUGCUCUUGCGAUAUGGCCCUCCUUCUAGCGCCAAAAUAUUAGUGAAUAAGUAUACCGUGGCUGAUGAGUCAGCACGGUUUGGUCUACGGGUCAAUGUCGGGAGCCUUCGGUCGAGUGAGUUGGAUGACGAGGUGGCCGUGGCCUCGGUAAGGGAUGCUUGUUGGCAUUGGUCAAGCUCUGGCCGAUUGAUAGCUCAUCCUUGCAUGUUGGAUGGCGACCCCUGGGUUGAGAUGCUCGCGGCUCGCGAGUGGUCGUUCGCCUGCAAAAAUGGCCCUCCUCGGGUGAUCCUUGACUUUGGCCCCUUCGAUGAGCAAGUGUUGAUUAUUUUAGUGCUGUGGACGGUGGUAACAACGGCGUUCAUAGGGAUCGCUGAGGGCCAUCGCCACCAUCGGCAGGCAGGUGGUGCGACGGAGCAAGAAGCCUUCCACUACGCAGCGGCGGGGGCAAGAGGAUGCCGGGCCCACGUGGCCAGCCUGACGGACUUCGGCGGGGUGGGCGACGGGGUGACCUCCAACACGGCGGCCUUUGCGGCGGCCGUGGCCAACCUCAGUAAGGUGGCGUACGACGGCGGCGCGAUGCUGGUGGUGCCGGCCGGCCGGUGGCUCACUGGGCCCUUCAACCUCGCCGACCACUUCACCCUCUUCCUCGACCACGACGCCGUCAUCCUCGCCACUCAGGAUAUCAACGAGUGGCCGAUCAUUGACCCUUUCCCCUCCUACGGUAGAGGAAGAGAUGCGGUUGGGGGUAGAUACAGUAAUCUCAUCAUGGGAUAUAACCUAACCGAUGUGGUCAUAACAGGGAAUAAUGGAACUAUCGAUGGACAAGGUGAAACCUGGUGGAAAAUGUUCCGUAACAAAGAACUCAAUUACACUCGUGGAUACCUCAUUGAAUUGAUGUACUGCAAACAAGUGCUGAUUUCCAACAUUACAUUGGUUAACUCUCCAUCGUGGAAUGUCCAUCCAGUGUACAGCAGCCACGUAAUCGUCUCAGGCAUCACAAUUCUUGCACCGGUCAACUCUCCCAACACUGAUGGGAUCGAUCCAGACUCAUCCUCCAAUGUCCGCAUUGAGGACUGCUACAUAGUCUCAGGCGAUGACUGCAUCGCCAUUAAAAGCGGUUGGGAUGAGUACGGGAUUGCAUUCAACAUGUCAAGCAAACACAUAGUGAUCAGACGGCUCACCUGCAUCUCCCCCACGAGCGCUGUCAUCGCCCUGGGAAGCGAGAUGUCGGGAGGAAUCCAAGAUGUCCGGGCCGAAGACAUCACGGCCAUCCACUCCGAAUCCGGCGUCAGGAUCAAGACGACCAUCGGAAGGGGAGCUUACGUGAAGGACAUAUUCGUGAGAAGAAUGAAUCUGCACACAAUGAAGUGGGUCUUCUGGAUGACGGGCACCUACGGGCAGCACCCGGACGACAAAUUUGAUCCGAAAGCCAUUCCGGUGGUGCAGAAUAUCAGUUACAGCAACGUGGUGGCCGAGAACGUGACCAUGGCCGCGAAGCUGGAGGGGAUUCCCGGCGCGCCCUUCACCGGAAUAUGCAUCUACAAUGUGACGGCGGAGGUGGUGAAGUCGAAGAAGCCGAUUUGGAACUGCACCGACGUGGAGGGCGUAUCGAGUCACGUGACGCCCACACCCUGUGCGCAGAUUCCGGAAUAUCCAGAUCGUAUAACGCAUUGCCCCUUCCCUGAAGAUGAUCUACCUGUGAAUGGUGUUGGGCUAGAGGAGUGUAACUCAUCUAGGCGUUGGUUGACCUGGGACAACUGGGCCCUGAGCGAGUCGUCCACCAAGUCAAACGAUACGGUGUCAGGCUCGAAGUGGGGUGUUGAUGAUUUUAGUGCUGUGGACGGUGGUAACAGCGGCGUUCAUAGGGAUCGCUGA